GAAGCCAGCUAAUAAAUGUCGUCAGUUGGAUUGCCUAACAUCCUUGCAACACAUGGCCGGCUGGUUGACUUUAUAGCUCCUAAAAGCUCUGCAACAGAUCUAAUAUCUACGCUCGAGCUCCUUGAAGACAUCUAUAGACACACCGAGAGAGAGAGAUCAGUCUGCAAUAAAAAGAAGCAAUGGCUACACGUGUGCAGUUUGAGGGAAACAAUGAAAUAGGGGUCUUCUCUAAGCUGACUAAUGCCUAUUGUCUGGUGGCCAUUGGGGGAUCAGCCAACUUCUACAGUGUAUUUGAGGGAGAGCUCUCUGAUGUUAUCCCAGUGGUGUACGCAUCGAUAGGAGACUGCAGAAUCAUUGGUAGACUUACUGUCGGCAAUCGUCACGGUCUACUGGUGCCCAAUACGACAACAGAUCAAGAGUUGCAACAUCUUAGAAAUUCUCUUCCGAAUAGCGUUAAAAUUCAGAGGGUGGAGGAGAGGCUCUCUGCGCUAGGCAAUGUCAUCUCCUGUAACGACUAUGUGGCCCUCGUGCACCCUGACCUGGACAAGGAGACUGAGGAGAUGCUGGCGGACACUCUGAAUGUGGAGGUGUUUAGACAGACAGUGGCUGGCAAUGAACUGGUGGGGACCUAUUGCUGCUUCAGUAACAAGGGCGGACUGCUUCACCCCAAGACUAAGAUAGAGCAUCAGGAGGAGCUAUCAUCAUUGCUGCAAGUACCCAUGGUGGCAGGUACGGUGAACCGAGGUAGUGAUGUCAUCGGAGGUGGACUGGUGGUGAAUGAUUGGACGGCAUUCUGUGGCCUGGACACAACGAGCACUGAGCUAUCAGUUGUUGAGAGUAUCUUUAAACUGACUGACCGACAGCAAUCGGCCAUUGCCACUGAGCUAAGAGCACCACUGGUGGACAGUUUGACGUAAUCAAGUGCUCACCUUAUAUAACAAGCUCUGUCUCUACAAUCAAUAACUUUGGGCUAACCUUGUAUGCAUAAUUGUAUGAAAUUAAUAUGACUUUGA